GUCACAAAGAAGAACGAACCAGCUCUAUUUCCUUAAUAGGGAAAAUCCAAGAAUCGCUCAACGGUUGAUAUUGCAAAUAACGUUGUCUGUUGAUAUUACUACGAGGUGACUAUAUAUCCUAGCCAAAACAUCAGGAUCAGAAAGUAGACGUCAACGGUCAUUCGUUCCGUACAUGGAUUAUGUUAGACUGGAAGAUUAUGAUGACAAUUGAAAGAUCCAGAUCCUCCCCUGUGUUUGGGUGAUGGCAGCUCGUUCACAGUCAUAUGACAGUAACUCCAGUGACACUGACAACUGGGAAUACAGAACAACAGUGGACCUCGCUAGCUCUGCAGAAGUCCGAGGCACGUGCAAUUGACCGCAGGCUGAUCAGCAGACAAUGAACUCUCAUGGAGCCAGCGGCGGCUCGGAGCGCUCGCGUGGCUCUGAGCGCUCACGGGACCAGCGGCGCUCCAGCGACCGCUCCCGCGACUCCUCGCACGAGAGGGAGAGCCAGCUGACCCCCUGCAUCCGCAACGUCACCUCCCCCACGCGACAACACAACAGUGAGCGCGAGCCCGGCCCCUCCUCCUCCUCCCGGCCGGGUAGCCCACGGCCCCAGAGGGUGUCGCCCAGCGGCUCCAGCAGCAGCGGGCUGCUGAGCAGCCGCAACAGCAGCCUGUCCAGCACCGAGGGGGCCUUCAAGAGCCUGGGCGUGGGCGAGAUGGUGUACGUCUACGAGAACGCCAAGGAGGCCGCCGCCGCCGCCGCCGCCGUCGCCGGCCCGGGUGCCCGCGGCGGCGUCAGGGGGUCCGAGAGGGUCACCCUCAUCGUGGACAACACGCGCUUCGUGGUGGACCCCACCCUCUUCAUCGCACAGCCAAACACCAUGCUGGGCAGGAUGUUUGGCUCGGGAAGGGAACAUAACUUCACGAGACCCAAUGAAAAGGGGGAAUACGAGGUCGCCGAGGGGAUAAGCUCAACGGUGUUCCGGGCCAUCUUGGAUUACUACAAAUCCGGGAUCAUCCGGUGCCCUGAUGGAAUCUCCAUUCCUGAGCUGCGCGAGGCGUGUGACUAUCUGUGCAUAUCUUUUGACUACGGCACCAUCAAGUGCAGAGACCUCAGUGCGUUGAUGCACGAGCUGUCCAAUGACGGCGCGCGGGGCCAGUUUGAGUUCUACCUGGAGGAGAUGGUUCUGCCCCUAAUGGUGGCCAGCGCCCAGAGUGGCGAGAGAGAAUGCCACAUCGUGGUGCUGACCGAUGAUGACGUGGUCGACUGGGAUGAAGAGUACCCGCCACAAAUGGGAGAGGAGUAUUCACAAAUCAUUUACAGUACAAAACUGUACAGGUUUUUUAAGUAUAUCGAGAACAGAGAUGUUGCCAAAUCAGUGUUGAAGGAUCGGGGCUUGAAGAAAAUCCGAUUGGGUAUUGAAGGCUACCCCACCUACAAGGAGAAGGUGAAGAAGCGUCCGGGGGGCCGCCCGGAGGUGAUCUACAACUACGUCCAGAGGCCCUUCAUCCGCAUGUCCUGGGAGAAGGAGGAGGGCAAGAGCCGCCACGUGGACUUCCAGUGCGUCAAGUCCAAGUCCAUCACCAACCUGGCGGCGGCGGCGGCCGACUUCCCGCAGGACCAGAUGGUGGUGCUGCACCCGGGGCCCCAGGUGGACGAGCUGGACAACCUGCCCAACCAGCCGCCCAACGGGAACCACUACAGCCACAACUACAACAACGAGCCCGAGCCCGACGCCCCUUCACCGGCACUCUGAGGAGAGGAGCCACGCCCUCUGCCUGUCCCUGGGUCCCUCUCCCUAUCCCUGUGUCCCUCUCCCUAUACCUGUGUCCCUCUCCCUAUACCUCUCUCCCGAUCCCUGUGUCUCUCUCCCUAUACCUCUCUCCCUAUCCCUGCGUCUCUCUCCCUAUAUCUCUCUCCCGAUCCCUGUGUCUCUCUCCCUAUACCUCUCUCCCUAUGCCUGUGUCUCUCUCCCUUUCCCUGUGUCCCUCUCCCUAUACCUGUGUCUCUCUCCCUAUACCUCUCUCCCCAUCCCUGUGUCUCUCCCUUUCCCUGUGUCUCUCUCCCUGUCCUUUUGUCUCUCUCCCUAUCCCCGUGUCUGUCUCCCCCCCCUCUCCCCCCCAAAUUCCUCUCCUCUGCCCCAGCAUGCUGCAACAUGGAGGGCCAGGGGCACCAUAACCAUAUUGCCUUGACGCCUCCUCAGCAGCCUUAGAGCCUCAAGAACCCGUUGGACUGUAAACAAGAGAAUCCCUUCAAGGAUGGGAGGGAGAUGAGACUGGUGAAAGGAGGAGUUCUGGUUUUGUUUGUUGGUGUUUUGUUUUUUUACUUGACCAAAGGAAUUUAUUUUCAGUUUUGAAGUGAGCUCAGAAAAUGGUUAUUAAUAUAAUUGUGAUUUUAGUACUUAACAGUGUUUGAUACUUUUUUUUUGGAAGGGGGUGGGAGGGGGGGGGGUGUGAUGUGCACCCAGUUUGGUUUUUAUGAUCUUAUUUCCCUGGGUUUGUUAUGGUUUUCAUUAUAAUUGUAUUAUUAUUAUUAUAAUUUUUUACCUCAUCCUGGAAGGCCUAACUACUAGUGAAUGUGCUUUGGGGAACAGUGCCAGCUUGUGGUUGCUGGAUAUGGAGUACAUAUAUUGCGUUCACCUCUCAGUCAUUAUUUCCAGUUCAACACACCAAAGGUGUCUUACGUAUCUAGUGAUGGAGUAGGUAUGGAUUGGCUGAGUUUGAUUAUGCAACGCGAUGCUCUUCCCAUAGCCAACAGAUACAGCAAGGAUGCAGGCUGUUAGUGGUAAAAAAAACAACAUUUUAUUCAAAGCUUGAAUUCAUUGACAAAUAAGUCGUUAAAUAAAAACAUUGUAAUCACUUUCCCUGUGUUGUACUUGACCAGUAUUUUAAAGUGAAUUAUAUAGGAAUUAACUCCCAAUAUCUGGGAGAAAGGAUUGUCUUACAUAAUGUUAUUUUCAGUUUUGUGUCUGCUUAGGGUUUCAUUACAUUUUAACUGUAUUAAAAUGUCAUGGAUUUACCUAACUGUAUACGAGAAUAUGAUGUGGUGCGUGUUUGUUAGUCUGGCCGUCUUGACUCGUGCGGGUGUAAAUAAUACGCUCACGUGGGCUCCUCCUCCCCUCCUCUCACACGGUACUCCGGUGGCAAUCUCUCAGGACAGUCGCUCCUUGUCUUUGCGAAGGCCAGAUGAUGCAGGGCAGCCAACAGAUUCCCGAUGUCCCCGGAGGCAUCAAUAAAGGGCAAUCUAACAUUCUGGAGAACAGGGGAUACGGCGGCCCUCUUAAACGUAUAACAGCGAUACACAAGGCUGUGAUGGUCUUACAGGAGGAAUGUGUAGAGCAGUGACCUUGCUGGCAGAUAAUGCAUUUUCCGUCCCAUUUGCAAUUUAAAUAAUUCAAGGAUGCAUUCCUGGGUGUGGUAUAGCAUUUUGGGUGACAGAAAAACUUUAUUUUCUCUCACUAUUUGCGAUAAGAAUUUUUGAUGAAUGGCCUUGUGACUGAAGAAGACUGAGCCCAAGAUACUAAUUGGUUGU